CCUUAUUCUGGCUGCAAGGGCUAACACUCGCCUUGAAAAAGUGCUUGUUAUAGAUCAGCUGUGUUGUAUAGACCUGUCGGCUGCUCCUGAAAAUGUUUCACAGAUUUUCCAGAGCUUUCAGAGGUGCACAGAUAAUGUGACGUCAACAUCAAUCGUGCCUGCAGUGAAAGAACUUGAUUUGCCAAAGGUUCAGUGUAAAUAUUACCUCGACAAUGACUGUGGAAUCAGGGAAUGGGGAUGAAGGGACUGCGCUUCAGUCCUGGAAUACAGACGAGGAUGGAAAUGAUCGCAAGUUUGUCAAAGUUGUGGAUUUUGAAGAGGCCUUUCGGAAUACACCUGAGACUCCGACAGUACGAGAAAGGUUAAAGAACUGGACUGCCAAGAAAUGUACCAGCAGGAGUUUUAAGAAAUCUGUUUCAAGAAAUCUACCUUUUAUCAAGAUGUUUAAAAACUACAAGUUGAAACAGGAUCUACCGAGUGACUUUGUUGCUGGCAUAACAGUAGGAAUCAUGAUGAUCCCACAGGGAAUGGCGUUUGGUAAGCUGUCGACGCUGACCCCGGUGGUGGGCCUCUACAUCUCCCUGUUCGCUCCCCUCACCUACUUCUUUGUGGGGACAGGCAGACAGGUGUCUAUGGGAUGUAUUGCCGUUCUGAGUCUGAUGAUGGCGUCGAUACUUGAGAAAUAUGAUGCAUCUGUAGAAGCUUCCAAUCCUAUAGCAUCUCUUGGCGUCGAUCCUGUAACGCAUUGUCCGCAGACACAGGAGUUCUCGGACACGGACAUGGCAAAGAGAAUCGAGGUCGCAGGAGCUGUUACCCUGGCAACUGGAUUGGUUACGAUGCUUGCCGGCAAGCUGGGGCUGGGGUUUGUCAUAAACUUCAUGUCCAACGCUCUCAUCACAGGCUUCACAGUCGGCGUGUCCAUCCACGUCUGUACCAGCCAAAUCAAAAAUAUUUUCGGACUCGGAUACGCCCAAAGGGGCAGUGUCCUUCCUACACCGUCACCUUUGAACUAUUCAGUGACAAACAUGUCGCUGACGAAUAUGUCACUUGUAGGCAUGACAGGACUUAGCCUGAACAACUGCACAAGUACUUCAGUCGUCGACCUACAGAAGCAGUAUGCUGUCCUCACCAGGUAUAAUGGGUCCUUUAAGAUUAUUCUGACUUGGGUUGACAUCUUGAAGCACAUAACCGCCACCAACGUUGCUACACUGAUCAUUAGUUUGAUAUGCAUGCUAAUUAUCUACCUCGUCAAGGCGCAGAUUAACGAGCGCUUCAAGGACAAGAUGAAGAUCCCCAUUCCUAUUGAGUUGAUAGUAGUAAUCCUUGGAACACUUGCUUCAUAUUUCCUGCGUCUACAGGAAACGUACAAUGUUCCUGUGGUGGGGAAGAUACCAGGGGGGGUUCCAGUGCCACGAGUCCCCAACAUAUUGCUGGCGAAGGAUUACUUCUUUGAAGCUCUUAUCAUCAUCAUUGUAGCCUAUGCACAAACUAUAUCCAUGGCCAAAACACUAGGCAUGAAGAACAAUUACAAGGUCGAUGCUCAUGCUGAGAUGUUUGCAACAGGAAGUGCAAGCGUGGUUUGUGCAUUAUUUUCUGGCUACAUCACUGCAGCGUCCGUUUCUCGCAGCCUGGUGCAGGACGGUGCGGGUGGACGUACUCAGGUAACUUCCCUUGUAGCGUGUUGUGUGGUUUUACUGGUGAUCAUGGUGCUGGGGCCGUACCUGCAUGCACUCCCACUGUGCGUGCUCUCCUCCAUCAUCAUAGUCAACCUGCGAGGGAUGUUCAUGAAGCUGUUCCAGCUCAGGGAACUGUGGAGGAAAUCCCACUAUGACUGUAUUGUGUGGGUGUUCACCUUCUGUGCCUCCGUGAUCCUGGAUGCCGACAAAGGCCUGAUGAUUGGAUUCCUCGUGUGCACAUUGAUGGUGGUGGUCAGAACCCAGAGGUCAACCACUACAGCUGUUGGCACCGUCAGUUCCAGUGAGGAAUACCGUUCUCUCGGGCAGUACAGAGAUGUCAAGGAGAUGUCCGGGGUCAGAGUGAUCCGCAUGGACUCGCCUCUGUAUUUUGCCAAUGCAGACAUUUUCAAGAAGAAAGUGUACAAGUUGUCGGGAGUGAAUCCCUUAAAAAGGCGGAAGAAGACGAAGGAGAUUGUGGUUGAUAAGGAGGAGGAGGAGACAAACCAUGUAGGCAACAACUACCGGGAGCGGCCGAUAGGUGGAGACGGGGAUGCUGCCACGAACGACGCCAACAAUGCUGACAGUGCUCCAGACACUGCCAUCUACCUGUUGCCAGGCAGCAAAGACUUAAAGUCUUCACUACACCAUAUUGUCAUAGAUAUGACUGGCGUCACAUUUCUAGAUAUCAUGGGUGUUACAGCUAUACAGCAGAUUAUAGCAGAAUACAAGUCUAUAAAUGUUGAAGUUUUUCUAUCAGAAGUGAGAGAGGCCAGUCUAGGGAUACUGGAGUCUACAGGCUUCAUGAAGAAGUUCGGAGAUCUGUUGUAUCUAACGUGUGAUGAUGCCGUGUAUCAAGCCGUGUCGUCACCAGGACCAACCAAAGAUGUACUGUGAUACAGGAGGACUCACCAGGGUUGAAGUGGACUCACCAGGGUACAUGAGAACUCACCUGUUCCAAAGACUCACCAGAGGACACAAGAUAUCAAUGGGGACAUGGGGUCACACCAAGUUCCUCUACCAGCCAAUCAGGGUGCUGUUUGUAGUUGCCAUGGUAACCGUGGUUUGUAAUUACCAUGGUUCACAGAGUUCUUAUUUUGGGAUCAAACUUCAUUAGUACAAGAUAUAUACUAUGUAUACAGUAUUUUAAGACAAUUCUAAUUGGUUCCUUGUUUUAUAUGAUUGGGCGUUGUAUUCGGUCUUCGGUCUAGAGUUACCACCAGGUUGGGAGUAAUGUUGCGUUAGUUCACAAACAGGAACUAUUUAAUUUUUUUAUACUCGGCGAAGUACACUCAAACACUGUUGUGUCGAACUUUCAUGUGUCAAAGAUAUGGUUAUCUUGAUGAGAAAGAUUUGAUCCGUUUGUAUGCUUUCUUUAUCAUUUCCCAGUUAUGUCGAAUGUCGGAUAACUCUAGGUAUAGUCCCGUCAAUUUCGACUCAACAAUGUUUGACUGUAUUCUCAAUUUCCAAACAAAACAGAAAUAUUUCAUGUAUCUUAGCAACUUCUUUUAUUUUUGUUUGUUAUGUUUAGCGUUAUUAACUGAUGUUUGUUUUGUUUUAUAUGAUUCUGUAUGAAUUCCAAGUCGAAUGGCUCCAGUACAGUUCAAACAGUUUAUCAAAAUUUGGUAUUGACAGAGCCUGGCCCCACAAAAAGAUCUUAGUACGGCAGUGAUUGUUGUUAACUUACUGUAUAUGAGUUAUGCUAAGGUCCCUUUGUUGUGGCCUCAAUUCUGUUUCUUUUUUCCCAACCAAAGGAUGCAAAAAGACUUUUUUUAAAUUAAAUUUUAAUGUAUUUUUGAAUUUGGGUUUUCUUUACAUUUAUUUCAAUUUGUUCAAAUUUCAAUGUCCAUAUCAAGAGUUCUGCUGGGGAAGUCAACUUUCAAACGACAUUGUUUUCUUAUUAAAAUUUGUAUCUAGGAAUUUGAAACAUUGAAAGAGAUAAUGUCAACAGAGAAUUUGGUUUUCCUUGCUUUAUCAUGCUGUCAGUUUAGCGGAGAACUUGUUCUUGUUUCUGUUUGUUUUUGUUCUCUCUGUGAGAAAACAAUUACCAAUGCAAAAUGUACCGUGGGUCAAAGGAGAGAUAUUGUUCAAGGUUUAACUUCUUACUUCUUGAGGUAGCUGAUACACUUCAUCGUCACUUCAUCGUCAGUACAUCGUCACUUCAUUGUCACUUUGUUGUCACUUUGUUCUCAGUUUGUUUACCGAGUUGAACAAAGACUGAAAUGGUCUGAGAAAGAUCCGGUCAUAUUUGCCUCCAUUUGGCUGAAACCCUGCCCUCUGAGUUAAGUAAUUGAUAAAAAUGCAAUCAAUGGAAUUAUUAUGCAACACGGGGAUGUUGGAUAGCUGAGUGGUUGAAGCGCUUCACUCCCACUAAAAAACUUUGCUUAGUUGGUUUGUUGUUUAACGCCAACUCCUCGCAAUAUUCCAGCCAUAUGGCG